GCCCUAAAAUAUCAAAAUCUUGCCAGGCAAAGUUACACGAAUCACUGGGACCUGGGCAUAAUUGUCUGAUUCAGAUGGUUGUUUGGCCUAAUCACAGUCUCUAUUUUUUGGUCUAAUGACGUUGGUAAGUUAAGCCACGCAAAUUACACGAAUCACUGGGACCUGGGCAAAGAAUUAGUGCAACAAUUAUAGAAUCCAACCCAGAAUUUAAUCACAGGAGAAAGUUUAGAGCUUCCAAUCCAAUCCAAUCCAUGCACGUUUGCGCUCUCCCUACUCUUCUCGGAAUUGAGACCCCGUGAGACCUGUGCCGCUUUUCAGAUUGACUCGUUCGUCACUCGCCGGUGAUUAUUGUCAGGUCCGGCUACUUCUGUUUAGAUUUUGAGCUGUACGUAAUUUGAGCAAAUUAGCGCCAGGAAGAAUGCCUGGACUUUCCAGCAUAAUUGGGCUGGAAACAUGUGGAAGCUACUUGAUUUUCGAGAGUGAAACUGCCCUCGGGAGUGCUGUCCGGGCAUUCUUAUAUGUUCUUGGUCUUGCUUACUGUUUCAUUGGAUUAUCAGCAAUUACUGCUCGUUUUUUCCGGUCCAUGGAGAGUGUUGUGAGCCACACGCGGAAGGUGGUGGCUAUUGAUCCUUACUCUGGUGAUCAAGUUAGUAGGCAUGAGAAAGUGUGGAAUUUCACAAUUGCAGAUAUUAGCCUGCUGGCCUUUGGGACCAGCUUUCCUCAAAUAUCAUUAGCCACUAUCGAUGCUAUACGAAACAUUGGAAGCCUGUAUGCUGGGGGUUUGGGUCCUGGAACACUAGUUGGUUCUGCUGCAUUCGACCUUUUCCCCAUCCAUGCUGUUUGUGUUGUAGUUCCUAAAGCUGGAGAGCUGAAAAAGAUUGCUGAUAUAGGAGUCUGGCUGGUUGAGCUCUUUUGGUCUUUCUGGGCAUAUAUUUGGUUAUAUAUAAUUCUAGAGGUGUGGACACCAAACGUGAUUACACUAUGGGAGGCCUUAUUGACAGUACUACAAUACGGGUUACUGCUGGUUCAUGCUUAUGCUCAAGACAAGCAGUGGCCCUACUUUUCUCUUCCUUUGCCAAGAAGUAAGAGACCAGAGGACUGGGUGCCAGCUGAGCCUGUUGCAUGCAUGCUUGAUAGUGGUCCCCGUGAUGAGUAUUCUGAAAUACUUCAUGUUGGUGAAGAUGAAAACAGAGGCGUUGUUGAUAUUUUCUCCAUACAUUCAGAGACAGGAAAUGGUGUAGUUCCAGUGUAUCAAAAAGUCUCUGGAAAUGACGAAACUCCUGAGUCAUCUAAUAAGGAUUGUCAAGAGAAAAUGGUUUCAGAAGAUCAUCCAGUUUUUAUACUUUGGAGGCAACAAUUUGUAGACGCAGUCAAGCUCGAAAGCACAGAAUCAAGAAAACUGAACAACUUCUAUUUGCGACUGGCAAGAAUGUUAUGGCAAUUACUUCUUGCUCCCUGGAGACUAUCAUUUGCAUUUGUUCCUCCUUAUAACAUUGCUCAUGGCUGGGUUGCCUUCAUCUGUUCCUUAAUUUUCAUCAGUGCGAUAGCUUACAUGGUAACACAACUCACUGAUCUCAUAAGUUGUGUCACAGGAAUAAAUCCUUAUGUCAUAGCAUUUACCGCAUUAGCAAGUGGAACUUCGUGGCCAGAUUUAGUUGCAAGUAAGAUUGCCGCUGAACGUCAGUUGACAGCUGACUCUGCCAUUGCAAACAUCAUUUGCAGCAAUUCGGUGAAUAUAUAUGUUGGAAUCGGUUUUCCAUGGCUGGUCAACACAGCAUACAAUUAUUUUGUAUAUAAAGAACCACUGCGGAUUGAGAAUGCAGCGGGUCUUAGCUUCUCAUUGCUUGUAUUUUUCGCAACCUCAGUAGGCUGCAUUGCAGUUCUAGUAAUCAGGCGUAUAACACUGGGUGCAGAGCUUGGAGGGCCAAAACUUUGGGCGUGGAUUACCUUUGUGUUUUUCAUGUUGCUUUGGAUAAUUUUUGUUGUGCUGUCUUCUCUCAAAGUUUCUGGCAUCAUAUAAGAGAUUUUUUUUCCCUUGUAUUUUUUGUACUCCAAUAUUGUUUCGGGUCCUUCCUUCCCUCUUCAAUUAGUUAUGAUGUAAACAAAAACCCUUAACAGUGUAGCAUUGUUGUAUGAUUACAAAUGGAAUAUGCUGUCCGAGAUAUGUUAUCAAAUGUACCCACCCCCUUCAUCUUCCUAGUCUUA